AAUAUUCCAAGCUUGACAGGGUUCUCCUCUAAUUAUGUGCUUAAAUAGAGGCCCUUCUGGGCUCCUUUUCAGCAGCACCACAUCCCCUCCCCCUUUCCUAACCACCGCCUCUGCCAAGCCACUUCAUCCUUUGGGGCCCGAGUAACAUUCCGAUUCGCGAGAGAGCUUGACCUCCCCCACAACCCACACACUCCCCGUUUUUUUUUCGUCGCUUUCAACGACUCAUUCCCGCCUCGAUGAUUCCCCUCGCUGACAAUAUCCAAGCCCCUUCCACCACCACCACCAUCAUGCGUUCACGAUCCGGGUCAUCUCUGGAACGCGUCUCCGAUGCAGUCGAUCAAGUGAACCUGCUCAAGAGCAAGCUGAACAAGACUGAACGCGUCGUGGUCGCCGACGACAGUACGCAAGAAGAGUCGUCUUGGAAUACCCUCAGCACGUUUGAUUCUCAGAAGGAUAAGACUCAGUUUAGACAAUACGUCGAUGCCACCGAUACCGUCAAAGCCUUUUAUGCUGAACAACACACCAAACAAACCGUUGCAUUCAAUAUCGACGUUCGCGUCAAACACCGCAUACGUCCAAAAAUCAAAAUGUCCGUAUGGGAAGCUAUCGAGAAAUUGAAUACUUUGAUCGACGAGUCUGAUCCGGAUACUCAUUUGAGUCAAAUUGAGCAUUUGUUACAAACUGCCGAAGCCAUAAGGAGGGAUGGGAAACCGGAGUGGAUGCAAGUCGUCGGGUUAACUCACGACUUGGGCAAGUUGCUCUUUUUCCUAGGAUCACAGGGACAAUGGGACGUCGUCGGAGAUACUUUUGUUGUCGGGUGCAAGUUUGACGAGCGAAUCAUUUAUCAUGACACCUUCGUUGCCAAUCCGGACUUCAACGAUCCAACUUUCUCAACAGUAAACGGGGUGUACACUCCUGGAUGCGGACUUGACAAUGUCAUGCUAAGUUAUGGUCACGACGAGUAUCUCUACCAAGUCUUCCGAGAGCAGAGUACGCUUCCCGAAGAAGGUCUCGCCAUGAUCCGAUAUCACAGUUUUUAUCCUUUUUCGGUUGUUGUUGUUGUUGUCGUCGUCAAAAGAUGGCACCGCGAGGGUGCUUACACUCACUUGAUGGAACCCCGAGAUUACAAAUACCUCGAAGCGGUCCGAGCAUUCAAUCCAUAUGAUCUAUAUUCCAAAGCGGAUGCGCCUAUGCCCGUAGAGCAACUCAAACCUUAUUAUAUGGCAUUAAUCGAAAAGUUCUUCCCUUCGGUGUUGGAGUGGUAGCCCUGCUAUCAUAUACGGACGGGGGUUAGGGGGGG